AUGAAGCUCUCUCCGUCGACACUGGCAGCUGUACUAGCAACCCUGGCAGGGAACACAGAUGCACGAACACUUACACAGCAGAGUUCGAACACAAAAAACUUGACCUUCGAUGUCUUGGAUUAUGUCGACCCGUUGAUUGGAACAGCUAAUGGAGGCCAUGUAUUUGCCGGUGCUACUUUGCCUUUUGGCAUGGCAAAGGCAGUUGCGGAUUCCACAGCGGACCAGCAAGGUGGCUUUGCCUCAGAUAGCUCAACCAUAAGCGGAUUUUCGCACAUGCAUGACUCUGGGACGGGCGGUAGUGCGUCCCUGGGAAAUUUCCCUCUUUUUCCUAACCCGGGAUGCCCUGAUAACGACCUUAACUUGUGUACCUAUCGCUACCAAAGCAGGGCUAUAGGAUUCAGUAACGAGUCUAUCAUCGCACAACCUGGGUACUUUAGCAUCGAUCUUGAUAGUGGAAUUAAAGGCGAGACUACAGUCACAAAUCAUACAGCCUUGUACCGCUUCACGUUCCCUUCGAGUGGAACCACUGCGCCGAUGAUUUUCGCAGAUCUAAUCGAUCUGCCGCAGUCUAGAACUAAUGGAACUGCUUCCGUCAACGCUACCACUGGCCGUAUAACUGGUACCGGUACAUUCAGUCCAAGCUUUGGAAUAGGUAAUUACGAUCUACACUUUUGUGUCGACUUCUCAGGAGCAGACAUCUAUGAUACAGGAGUUUUCGUCAAUGACCGGGCUGGCAAUGAGCCAAAGACUGUCAGGACGCUAGACGACGGUGUCGAUAACGACGAGUCUUAUUCGGCGGGUGCGUUCACUCGUUUCAGUCCCGGCAGUCUCUCGGUCAUCGCUAGAGUUGGUGUGAGCUUCAUCAGUGUCGAUAAGGCCUGCUCAAAUGGCGAAACUGAAAUUCCUGAAUUCAACUUCGAGGGUACCAAGGAUGCAGCACAAACUAUCUGGAGGGAGAAGUUAAGUUCUGUCAGCAUUGAUGCCACUGGUGUCUCAGACGAGUUCCAAACCAUAUUUUGGAGUGGCCUUUACAGAGCUCAUAUAAGCCCGCAGGACUAUACGGGCGAGAACCCGCUAUGGGAUAGCAUAGAGCCAUAUUAUGAUAGCUACUACUGCAUUUGGGACUCGUUUCGAGCUAUACAUCAACUGAUUACCCUUGUGGAUCCUCUUUCCCAAUCUCGUAUGGUGCGAAGCUUGAUUGAUAUAUAUCGACAUGAAGGCUUCCUCCCUGACUGCCGCAUGUCGCUAUGUAAAGGCUACACGCAGGGUGGAUCCAAUGCCGAUGUUCUCAUAACUGAAGCUUAUCUGAAGAAUAUCACCGACAUUGACUGGAGCACUGCCUACGAGGCGGUUAUUAAGGACGCUGAAGUUGAGCCUACAAAUUGGGGCAUUGAAGGUCGUGGCGGUUUAACAAGCUGGAAGAACUUAGGGUAUAUACCUACAGAUGACUUUGAUCCGUAUGGGCAGGGUCCUUUGACGCGGAGUAUCUCGCGAACAGUUGAAUAUGCGUACGAUGACUACUGCAUUGCCAUUCUGGCCAAAGCACUUGGCAAAACCGACGAUUACGAUAAGUACAUCCAGCGCGCUACUAACUGGUACAACAUGUUCGAUCCCAACACCACUUCUCUCGGAUACGCUGGCUUUCUGCAAGUCCGCUACCCAAAUGGAACAUGGGGCUAUCAGGAUCCGCAGUUUUGCAGUGCUCUACUCGAUUUCACGUCGUGCUAUCUUAAUCCUGAUGGCCAUGAGACGUACGAAGGGAGUACGUGGCUUUACACGUUCUACGUACCCCAGGACAUGGCCUCGCUGAUUGAUGCACUGGGAGGACAAGAAGCAUUUAUUGAUCGUUUGACAUUUUUCCAUGAAUCGGGACUUUUGUACGUCGGCGACGAGCAAUCUUUUCUCCCUGUUUACCAGUUCCACUAUGGCGGAAGACCCGGCCUGUCCGCUAAGCAGGCUCACGCAUAUAUCCCCUCGCAAUUCAAUACCAGUGUGUCUGGAAUUCCAGGCAACGAUGACAGUGGUGCCAUGGGCUCGUUUUCAACUCUUAGCAUGAUUGGCGUUUGGCCGGUUCCUGGGCAGGAUGUCUACCUCAUCAACCCACCCUUUUUCAAAGAAGUUAAUAUCACUCACGGUAUCACCGGCAAGAUUGCGACGAUACGAAAUGUCAACUUCGAUCCGACUUAUACAGAUAUAUACAUUCAGAAAGUGACCAGGGAUGGGAAGACGUGGACAAAUAAUUGGAUAGACCACUCGUUCUUUGAGAAUGGCGGCGUGUUGGAAAUAACAACGGGUGCGACUGAGAGUGACUGGGGGACCUCGGUGAAGGAUUUGCCUCCCAGCUUGGCAUCGUACAAAUUUUAG